AUGCUAAGGGGCGGUCCCGCUCCAACUGCCCGCGGGCACGACUCCCCCUCAUCUGGACCUCCUGAGGGGACGCGAAGAUCCUACCAGGAUUACAGAUCUCAUGGAUCCUCUGCCUACCGACACUCACAACCUGCCCUAGCUCCUGAGGCUCCCGGACAUCGUCACCCCACUGGCACGUUCGACGACAGUCGCUUCUCCCCCAUACAAGAGUACCACAGCAGCUACACGGAUGCAGGCUACCGCUCGCCGAGCUCCUCUCACCUCCGCCACCAGUCCUUUCCAAACCUCCUGCCCGCCGUGCUGAGGAGCAGAUCCACGUCACCCGUCCGCCGCGAAGAGCAGAGACCGGUGUCAGAAGAUAUGUCGUUCACUGGCGACGCCAGGAGGAGCGCCAGAGGCGCAGAUGGCGGUGCCGGUGGAAAGGGAGGUUUAGCCGGAUGGUUCUCAGGCACACCCACGGGCAGCCCAUCUCGGGCGGAGCGUGGAACUCCGGGUUCACGAUCACCAUCGUCUCCAACCAGGAACUUGUCACCAGAGGGGACGCCGACCAAGUCUGCCAGGGGCACGAAUGCCGCCGCCAGUGACUCGGUGACGCCAACGCCAGCAUCCGCAAAAUCUCGCUUCGCGUUCCUCACGUCGUCCAUGUCCGCCACGCUGUCACGGCUUACACAGGCGCCUACGAGCCCGACGAUUGGCGAUGAGCUCAUCGACCUCAACAUCGAGGCGGCGCUGUUCCCGCAGGGCGCGCCGACGGAGCGCGACACCUUCUCGCCGGCGGCGUUCAAGAACCUGCAGGCCAAUGCGACGGGCGUGCUGACCAAGAUGCAGCACGCCUACCGGGAGCGGACGGUGGCCAUGCACGACCUCCAGGCCGAUAGGGACGCGCAGAGGGAGGAGCUGGAGGAAGCCAAUACGCGUGCGCAGCACCUCAAGAUGCAGCUGGAGGGCAUGGCCCGCAAGGCCGCCGAGCAGGAGCAGGCGAUGCAGGCCCUCGUCGCCGAGCUGAACGCCGAGAAGAAGGCGCGUGCCGAGGAGCAGCGCCGCAUGCGCGAGAAGGGCCUGGUCGUGCCCGUGCCCCUCUCCGAGGGCUCGAUGGUCUCGGAGGACCUGGGCGUCGAGGACGAUGCGCACAAGCGCAAGUGGCGCAAGAGCGACGGCAGCUACGACACGGACGAGGACAGCGUCGAGGGCGAGAGCAUCUUCUCGCGGUCCCGCAGCCCGACCAGCGCCGUCGGCAACUACGAGAGCGGCGCCAUGUCUGGCGAUGCGGCAGCACCCGUGUCACAUCCACGAGUCGCGGCGCUGGGUAGCCAGACUCCGCAGCAAGCAAAGGGGCAGAAGGCGCCGCCGCAGCUCAACGCGUUGCAGAAGCUCGUUAAGAACGUGACGGGGACGGGGCCCGCGCAGGACGACGAGGACGCCGGUAGCGACGGGUGCCGGAACUGCCGGGGCCGGGACGCGAGCGUGGCCUGGGACACGGUGAGCCUGCUGCGCGACGAGAACAAGCAGCUCAAACAACGGGUCGGGCAGCUGGAGAACGCGGUGGAGGGGGCGUUGGACCUGGCAAAUGGUGUCGGGCUGAAUUUCUAA